AUGCACCGAGUGUGGGAAAAGCUUCAGUCAGAGUUUACACCUUAUUAUACAUCGCAGAACCCACACAGGAGAAAGAACUCAAAAUGUCUUCAGUGUGGGAAAAGCUUUAUUGACAACCCAACCCUGAAAAUACAUCAGAGAAUCCUCACGGGAAAACCCUACAAGUGCCCCAACUGCAGGAAAAGCUUCACUGAGAGAUCACACCUUAUUGGUCAGAAAGUCCACACAGAAGCAAAAACCUUCAUAUGCUCUCAGUGUGGGGAAACACUCUGUAACUGGUCAACCUUUCUUAGACAUGAGAGAAUCCACACCGGAGAGAGAUCUAAACCUUAUAAUUGCCUUGAGUGUGGGGAGAACUUCCGUGAUAGGUCAAGUUUUAUUAGGCAUCAGAGAAUUCACACAGGAGAGAAAAGCUAUAAUUGCCUGGACUGCGGCAAAAGCUUCAGUCAGCUCUCAAACCUUACCAGGCACCAAAAAGUUCACACUCGGGAGAGACCCUAUAAGUGCCUCAAGUGUGGGAAAAGCUUCAGUCGGAGAUCAACCCGCAGUAGACAUCUGAGAACCCAUUGGGGAGAAAGUGAAUAA